AUGAGCUGCAGCACCAGGCAGAGCUCCAGGGGCAGUGCCAGCAGUGGGGGUGGUGGAGGGAGCAGCACCUUCACCUCUGUCUCCUCAAGAAGGAUCUCCUCUAGGACAAGUGGUGGUGGCAGGUUUUCAGUCAGCAGUUGUGGUGGAGGAAGCUCCAGGAGCUGCUAUGGAGGAGGAGGAGGCAGCUACGGCAGGAUGCGGCACAGCAGCUACGGAGGGGCAGUGAGCAGCGGCUGCUAUGGAGGGGGGCUGGGCAGCGCUGGGUACAGAGGGGCAAUGAGCUGUGGCAGCAUGGGGGGCAGCUUUGGCUCAGCUGGUGGCUAUGGAGGCAGCUUUGGGGCAGGUGGCUUUGCUGUGGGGAUCCUCUCCAGCGAUGAGAAGCUGACCAUGCAGAGCCUCAACGAGCGCCUGGCCUCCUACAUGGACACAGUCAGGAGCCUGGAGAGAGAGAACGCUCAGCUGGAGCAGCUGAUCAGGGACUGGUAUCAGAAGCAGGCUCCUGCCAGUCCAAAGGACUACAGCCACUACUAUGAGAAAAUUGGGGAGCUUCAGCACCAGAUCAUGACUGCAGCUGUGGAAACCAACAGGGUGCUGCUGGACCUGGACAACACCAGGAUGACUGCAGAAGACUUCAGGAUCAAGUUUGAGACAGAGUAUGGCCUGAGGCAGAAUGUGGAGGGUGACAUCAACAGCCUGAGACCCUUGCUGGACAGCCUGACUCUGAGCAAGUCUGACCUGGAGAUGCAGUUUGAGUCCCUGAAGGUGGAGAUGAUUGACCUCAAGAAGAACCACGAAGAGGAGCUGAAGUCACUGCAAGGGCAGAGUGGAGGGGAUGUGAAUGUGGAGGUGAAUGCUGCUCCAGGAGAGGACCUGCUGCAGAAGCUGAACGACAUGAGGCAGGAAUAUGAAACCAUCAUCCAGAGGAACCGGGAGGAGGUGGAGAAGUGGUAUGAGGUCAAGAUGAAGGAAGUGAGUGAGCAGGUUCACCUCAGUGGGCAGGAGGUGGAAUCCAGCAACCAGCAGAUCUCUGAGCUGAGACGUCAGUACCAGAGCCUGGAAAUCGAGCUGCAGUCACACAUCAGCAGGGUAGAGGCCCUGCAGUCCAACCUGGACGACACAGAGCAUCGCUACAACCUGCAGCUGCAGCAGAUCCAGGCCACGAUCUGCCCCCUGGAGGAGGAGCUGGCCAGCAUCCGCUGCGAGAUGGAGAGCCAGAACGAGGAGUACAAAAUGCUGCUGGGCAUCAAGAGCCGCCUGGAGCAGGAGAUUGCCCAGUACAGGGCCCUGCUGCAGGAGGGCCAGCAGGACAUCGUCACCUCGCAGGGAGGAGCUGGUGGUGGAUCUUCAGGAGGAGGAGGAGGUCAUGGAGGAAGCAGCUGGUCCUCUGGAAGAGGAAGCAGUGGAGGAGGAAGUGGUUGGUCCUCAGGUGGAGGAAGCAGUGGAGGGAAAAUGGGAGGAUCCUAUGGAAGAACUUCCUCAUCUGGAGGUGGAGGAGGAACAGGAGGUGGAACCUGUGGGAAAGCUUCAGGUGGAGGAGGUGGCAGUGGAGGAGGAGGAGGCAAAUCCUGCCUCUCCCACUCUUCAUCUUCCCAGUCUGGCAGCUCCCAUGAGAGCCAAGGAGGGGCUGAAAGGACAAAGCUGUGCCUGGAAGGGAACAAAACCCUGGAGAGAGGAGCAACCAUGGGCGAGGUGUCUGAGGCCAUCAAAACCAUGAGAAUGGGGAGUUUCAGGAAGUUUGAGGAGUGA